AUGACAAAAGGCAGUUACGACCUAAACCUUCCAAAUGGCUACAACAAUAAUAAAAGGCCAUCGCAAGAUUCAACGAUAUCAACUGGGAGUGAAGAACACUACUCACCUCAUGGCCUAGGCUGGUUCAUCACAGCUUUAUUUAUAUUGGGAGACCUGGUUGGGGGUGGAUUGGUCGCUCUACCUGUUGCUACUGUUCACACUAGUAAGUUGUACAGUAAAAAGUUGUAAAAUCUCGGUAGCAUCUAACUAUUUAGCUUUAAACUCAAGCUUACAGCAUCUAAUCGUAGAGAUGUUCUCAACCUUGCAGCAUCUAAGCUUAACCAUGUAGAUCAAAAACAAAGCAAAAACUAUUUCGACUUUUCAGAUAUUUACUUCAGCAUAGGCUUUAUUAUAUUCAUGGCAGCAAUAGCCAUGUAUACAGCCCAUGUUCUUGGCCUCUGUUGGAAUAUAUUACUCAAGAGGUGGCCUAAAUAUCGUGAACACUGUCGCCAACCUUACCCGGAAAUUGCGCGACGAGCUUUGGGCAAAAAAUGGAAUUAAGUCACUAAAUAGUGGCAUAUUGAGAAGAUUAUACUCUUAUCUUUUACAAUGUUAAAUUAUCUUAUCCUAGUAACACUGCAGUACAAAAGCAAACUGAGAGUAAACAAUAUUAUAGAUACAAUUCUAAAUCAUAUACUUUUCAGAAGAGCCAUCUCCGUCUGUGUUGAUAUUACACAGUUUGGCAUAGCAGUGGUCUAUUUAUUACUAGCCGCCAAGAACAUUCGUGAUCUCAUAUUAAUCCACAUUCAAAAAGAUAUCAGUUAUUGUUACGUGGUAUUGAUAGUAGCUACCUGCUUUCUACCGUGCACUUUCCUGAAGUCACCUCAAGACUUUUGGGCAGCCGUUGUGGUAGGAAUGUUUACAUCAGCUGUUUCGGCCGUUCUGAUUACUGUAGGCAGUAUAUCUGACUACGAUACUUGUAAUCCAGAAAGACAAUUACCUCCAACUGACAUUACCAACUAUUUCUUGGCCGUAGGAACUUAUAUGUUCAGUUACUGUAACCAUGCCGCUUUUCCUACCAUUCAACAUGACAUGAAAAGGCCUGGUGACUUCUCUAAAAGUGUCGUUACUGCUUUCUUAUGUGAGUUGUAAUUAAAAAUGAAAAUCUUAUACUAAUAGACAAUAAUAAUAUCAAAUACCUCAUCGUUACCUAAGUCAAAGUAUGAGUUAACAACAAAUUAUAACAAGAUACUAUUAUAGUAACAUCGAUUAUGUACACACCCGUAUCCCUAGUAGGCUACAUCACAUAUGGUGAUUCUAUGAAGCACUCCGUCAUCAGUAGUUUACAAAUUGAUUGGAUUCAACAGACUGUCAACGUACUGAUUACAAUUCACUGUAUAUUAACAUUGACUAUCGUCAUGAAUCCACUGAACCAAGAAAUUGAAGACUUUUUCAAAGUUCCUCACGGUAAGAUAUACGUUGGUAGUCAUUGCAUUAGCAUUUUUAUAACAAACAUAAUAUGAAAGUAUAAUACUAACACAAUAUACAUUACCUUCAUUUUGAAUAAUAAUAUAGCUGUAAAACAAUACUCUUCAGAUUUCGGCGUAAAACGUGUCCUCUUCCGCACACUAACAAUGCUGGCAGUAGUGUUUGUGGCUGAAUCGGUACCAAACUUUGGUCCUUUACUGGACUUGGUUGGUGGUAGUACGAUGACAUUAACUGGACUAGUCUGUCCAUGUUUGUUUUAUCUAAAACUCAAUGCUUCCGAAGUAGACGACAAAAACCGAGAUCCUGAAGAGAUUGGGUUCAGAGAGUGAGUUCGUUUCUUGUUGUUACCUAAGUCUAAAACGCGAAGGUAACUUACAUUUCCUAAUUUACAUUCGUCAGUAAUUAUACCGUCACUUGUUAAGCAAUUAUUAUCUAAAAAACUUUAAAAAAAGCAAAACCUUUUAAAUACCUUCUGCAACAUCAAUUUCAGAGUUCUAGCCAAGAACAACACCAAGACUCGCCUCAUCUGUUGUGUUAUCAUAGCCAUUUCCGCAUUUUUUGCCGUAGCAACAACCGUUUCAGCUAUAUAUUCAUUAUCUACAGCUGAAUUUGUCGUUCCAUGUUAUCUACAGCCAUUCUUCGGAGCCGACAAAACCAGUGGAAUUGGAGCGGUCGAUUGUUGUGGACAUUACCAAAAUGUGACGCGUAGUAACAACAUAGUCUGUUCGGCGCCAAACUUUGCUAUGUAUUAUGAAUAA